AUGGCAGGUCCAGAAGUUGAUAAACAAUUUCAGUUCACUGGUAUUAAAAAAUAUUUCAACUCUUAUACUCUCACAAGUAGAAGGAAUUGUGAACUGGCCACAUACGAAGGCAUUGCUUUGAUUAUCUUAUAUUUUAAGUUAAGGUCCAAAAAAUCUCCAGCUGUGAAAGCAACAUAA